ACAUUAGCUCUCACAUGCAGAAUGGCUACAAGAAUUACAGAGAUAGACAGCCUUCAAGCUUGUCAAGAUGACUGAGAGACCUGAUAUCCUGCAUUUCCAAUUUGACAACUAUGGUGACUCAAUGCUGCAGAAAAUGGACAAGCUGAGAGAAGAGAACAAGUUUUGCGACAUCACAGUCCGUAUAGAUGAUCUUGAAAUCCAUGGACACAAGAUUGUGUUUGCUGCCGGCUCUCCCUUCUUAAGGGACCAGUUCCUGCUGAAUGACUCCAGAGAAGUGAAAAUUUCCAUCCUUCAAAGUUCUGAAGUAGGAAAGCAGCUGCUCCUGUCCUGCUACAGUGGCAUCCUCGAAUUCCCCGAAAUGGAGCUGGUGAAUUACUUGACCGCUGCCAGCUUUCUCCAAAUGAGCCACAUUGUGGAACGCUGCACACAGGCCCUCUGGAAGUUCAUCAGACCAAAGCAGCAGUUGGAGAAAAAAGAACCAAGUGAGAAACAAACUGACUCUUCAGAGCCAAAGGGACCACCAGCAGUGGCAGAAGAAGAAGAGGAGGAGGAGGAGGAAGAAUCUUUGCAGCCAGAUUCCCCAUGCAUACAACCCUCUGAGGAUAGCAUGGAUAUGGAGGAUAGUGAUAUACAAAUAGUGAAAGUAGAGUCCAUUGGGGAGGUUGCAGAUGUCAGAAACAAAAAGGAUCAGAGCUCCUUUAUUUCUUCAGAGCAAAGCACUCUUCAUUCAUCUGAACCUCAGCACUCCCUCAUCAAUUCCACGGUAGAGAACCGAGCCAGUGAAAUGGAGCAGAGCCAGCUGCAUAACUAUUCCCUCUCAUAUGCAGGAGGUGACAACCUCUUUGCAUUUGGCCCCAGCAACCGAGGAGUAGACAAAGGGCUCCAGUGGCACCACCAGUGUCCCAAGUGCACCCGUGUGUUCCGACACCUGGAGAAUUAUGCCAAUCACUUGAAAAUGCACAAGCUGUUCAUGUGCCUGCUUUGUGGCAAGACUUUUACGCAGAAAGGCAACCUCCACCGGCAUAUGCGGGUGCAUGCUGGGAUCAAGCCCUUCCAGUGUAAGAUCUGUGGGAAGACCUUCUCGCAGAAAUGUUCCCUGCAGGAUCACCUCAACCUGCACAGUGGGGACAAGCCACACAGGUGCAACUAUUGUGACAUGGUCUUUGCCCACAAGCCCGUCCUGAGGAAGCACCUCAAACAGCUCCAUGGCAAAAACAGCUUUGACAAUGCCAAUGAGAGGAAUGUCCAAGACAUCACUGUAGAUUUUGAUUCCUUCAGCUGCAGCUCAGCGGUGGACUCAAAAACCUGCCUGCAAGCCGAUGCCAGCCAGGUACUAGAUGGGGGAAAGUUGGCCCAGGCGGUGCUCAGUUUACGGAAUGAUGGUGCUUGUGUGAACUAGAGCAGUCUCUUUUUGAGCAACAGAGUAAGAAGAAAUGUACAGAGUUGUUUUGGACUUUUACAUGACCAUCAGUUGACAGAUCCCAAAAGUUCUGUUGAAUCACUUUUAAGAGCAGAACAAGGAACAGUAGCAGGUAUUCAGCUUCCAUCCUAGAGUGAUUUGAUGUGUUCUGUGACUUCAGCUGUCUUUGUUCCUACCAUGAGAAGAAUGCCACUUAGCACAGGCCUGCCUCCAUUGAAGUUUUAAGCAGUUACACUUCAAAACCUCUUUCCAAAGGGUGGUGGUUGGUUUGCGCAGCCAAGGAGCACUUACCUGCUUAUAGUCCAAGGGAUGGAAAAUGUAGGGGACAGAAUUUGCCCUUCUAGAACUUAGUUUUAAAGCUAAAAUAACCUGAGUUCUUGAAGAAGGAAAGAAAAAAGCACUGGAUCAUUAUAAGCUGUUGACAGUCCAACUGUGGGUGUUGUUUUUUUUAAUCGUUUCUUAAAAACAUUAGGUAUUGGCCUUCUGUUCUUACCCUACAAUGACAUCAGCCUCUUAUCUAGUUUGAGUCAUAUGAGUGGAAGUCCUUUUUCUGAUUAAAACUGUUUAAGGGUUCUGUCCUAGGAAGGGAAACCAUACAGAUUUGGUUGCUGCUGUGGCUAAGAGAAGAAUCUUCCUUUUGCUGUAGUACCUGGCCCUCAUCUUUGUGCUCUACUCAAGCACGUUUUCCCAUUGGCCCUCUUCUCCACUCACUCUCUUCCCCUAUUUCAGCCUUUGCGGAAAAUGUGAAGUUAAACUAGGGAAAAAUUAGAGUUGCAUGCCCCCUUUGUCUGUCUGUGCCUUCUCCCAUAUUGCUCUUUAGGCCUGGGGCAGCCUCUCCCUUUCAGGCCAGCAGGCUGCCUCCUGAAUAAGAUACAGCAAAGGGCUUUUUUUCUGAAUUAGUCUGCCUUCUCCUUACCUUUCCCUUUGUUGUCACUUCAAACUCUCACUGCUUGUGACUCUUGGUCCCUGCCCAUCCCAUCCUUCUGUAACCUUGAUUGUAAGCACUCUGGAUUGGGGCCAGGGAUCCUCGGUGUUGUGAAUGAUGCUUAGAACGCUGUUGGCACUCAAGACGUAAUUAGAAGUAAUAUACAGGGGUGGGGGGUGGGGGUGGCAUCACGUGAUCAGGUGAAGCGAAACGUUCCUGAGCCAUCAAAGUUCUUAAAGGUACAGGCACUCCGGGACGGUGACAAGGUUAUAACUGUGACUCCCAACCUCAACUAAAUUCUGGAGUUACUUAUAUAUAUAUAUUUAAAAGGUGGGAGAUGAGAGCUUGAAAUGGUGCGUGUGUUAGACUAGGACUGGAGAUAAUAAUAAAAGCAUGCCAUCAAGUCACGGCUGACUCAUGGCCAUCCCAUGGUUUCACUUCAUAGAGUUUUCAAGGCAAGAGACAAGCAGAGGUUGUUUGCCAUUGCUUUCCUCUGCACAGCAACCCCAGUCUUCCUUGGUGGCCUUUCAUCCAAAGGACUAACUGUGUCUGACACUGCUUAGCUUCCAAACUCUGAUGGGACUGGGUUAGUCUGUGCUGGGAGUACCCAGGUUCAGACCCCCACUCUUGCUGUGAAGCUCCCUGGGUGAACUUGGGCCAAUCAGUCU